UUACAGAUACCCACGUAUGCUGUCAUUAAAUGGCCUAAAGGCCAGAGGUUGGAAACCCUUGCUCGAAAUAACCACGGACUGACAGGAAGAAAAAUUGUGCCUUGAUCCAAAUCCACAUCAAAUGUCAUCUGUGAUUAAUUAUUAUAAAUGAUACAUAUAGACUAUAAUUUUAAUGCAUGAAUCAUAAUAACUUAAUAAUUACAAUUUAGUUUUUUAAUGCAGUUAGUAAGUUUGGCAGUUUUGAUUUGUCCUUAGUUUUCAAGAAAUGCUGAGUUUGCUAAAUUUUUAUUAGUUUUAGUAUUAGAUUUAGUUUUUUGUAAUAUAUGGAGCAUUUGUCAUCUUCAAGAUAAAAACUGUAUUCUGUAAAAAAAAAAAGGCAAUUAAAAUGCAAUUCAAAACAACUGACCUUAGCUAUGGAUGUACAUUCAUUUUUUUACAAUUGAGUAGUAAAGUUUUUAGGCAACCUUAAUGGUAUUAUAUGAUGUAGGCCCGGCAUUUGAACAGGGGUGUGUAGACUUUUGAUGUCCACUGUACUGCAGGUUUCCCUGCAUUGGAUAGAUGAGCGCAGGGCGUAACUAAUGUCGGGGUUUUUACUAAUGGCCUGUUCACGGGGUGCUUGUUGCGGGGCACACGUGCCACAUGCGUAGGCGGACCACCGUGAACACCGGGGGCCGCAUUGGACCCUCAGUUUGGACUUUGAUGUCCAUCGCAGUUGACUGCUCGUGAAAGGGAUGAGCAAUUUGUCAAUGAUGCCACUCGAAACAUGGCCUUCCUCUGCCCCCCCGCACACACACACAUUUACACACACGUUCUUUGACAUUGUGCUGCAGCAGCAGAUUGAGGCCCGAUUGGCUGCUCAGGGGCCUCGCAGUGCGAUUUGGAGCGACUGAUAAACGGGGAUUGGACGUCAUGUCGUGUUGGGUCGUGGACCAGCUCGUGGUCUGAAUUUAGACUUUCUGAGAUGUGCUGCCGUGGCCUCUCCUUGUGGAUCCUUCCAGAUAUACUGCACGGUAAUUAGCGGUCGGCUUGUCCUUUGGGAACGUUUGCAUGUUAACUUUGAACGUUGGGCCGAGUGGUGUUUUGGGGAUUUGGCCUUCAAAUUAAAACACAGCAAUGCUUCAUACUGUAACUUUUAAGCUAGCCUGUGCUGUAAUAGUGGCCCAGGGAGGUGUUUAUUUACUCAACUACAGAUGGGGAAGGCCUUGAUUUUUAUUCAAAGGACUGUAACGUAAAAGUGGAGGAAAAAAAAGCAAGAAAAGAGCCAGACUGGGCAGAACAAACGAGACAUUGUGAGAGGAGCCCCAUUUCAAAGUUUACUCGGUUCACAGAACGUCAGAUCAUCUUGAAUGCUGCACAGGGAAGCUGUUUACAGCAUGUGGUAAAACUCUGCCCUUUAUCUGACAGACUGUUUAUUUUCCUUGGUAGGUCCUACUGUUUUGGUUCACAACUGCGUUGAAAUGGGCUUGGCAGCUGGUGAACCUGGUCUUUUGUCAUUUUACAUGCCAGGCAAUUUUGUCGUGGCAGACUGGAGUGAACUAACAUUGUGUAUAGUAAAAAUAGAUGACCUUUUUUUUAAAAAAAAAAGUGUAUGGGAAGGACUUUGGAAAAAUAAUCGCUUAUUAAAUUCUUUGCAUCUUUCCAUGGGAAAUGUAACCAAGUUUGUGCUUCUGCUUUGACGCCACGUUGAAAACGUUCAAUCCCAAAAUCCACUUCCUACAUGUGAUGUCAUCCGUUUUGCUUAGCGACCCACUUCAAACAGGCUUAGCAGUAGGUGAUCUUGAAAUGAAAUUUCAGACGUUUGUGUCAGAAAUAAGUAUGAGUCAUACAUUUGUACGGGUUUCUCACAUUCACCCGGGCACACAUGUGACUUGGGGGGGAAAUCUUUCGAGCCUCAUGACUUGGCUGACCUCCUUUUUCUUUUCUGCUCAAAACAUUCCGCAUCAUUCAGUCGGCUGAACCCAGACUCCUUGUCAAAUCUGAAAGGAUCGAUAGCUUCAAGUGUUGGGAUUUUAUUUUUUGGAGGGGUGAAACUGUUUGCCUUCCAUGGAUUUAGUUUUGAAACAAUUUUUGGGGGUAAAAUGGUGGAAUGCAGGCACUUGAAUUCAAGAGGCUCCGGUGUGUUGGCUUUCUGUAAAUUCCUACUUGAGUUGAUGAAGUGUGUCAGCAUCAAAAGAGGGAUCUUUGGCCAGAAGCUGGAGGAAACAGUGCGGUACGAGCGUCGCUACGGGAACAAGAUGGCGCCCAUGCUGGUGGAGCAGUGCGCGGACUUCAUCAGGCAGCGGGGGCUUUGCGAGGAGGGUCUCUUCAGACUUCCCGGGCAAGCCAACCUAGUCAAAGAGCUGCAGGAGGCUUUUGACUGCGGAGAGAAGCCCCUAUUCGAUUGCAACACAGACGUGCACACGGUCGCAUCGCUGCUGAAGCUUUAUCUCCGAGAACUCCCCGAGCCAGUCGUCCCCUUCCACAAGUACGAUGACUUCCUGGCUUGCACCAAGCUACUCGGCGUGGAGGACGACACGGGUAUAAAAGAGCUGAAAAAGCUUGUGGAUGGUUUACCUCCGGUCAACUACAAUCUUCUCAAGUACAUCUGCAGAUUUCUUGAUGAAGUCCAGUCAUAUUCCGGAGUCAAUAAAAUGAGUGUUCAGAACUUGGCCACGGUUUUUGGGCCAAACAUCCUCUGGCCAAAAGUCAAGGAUCCGGUUGCCAUCAUGGAAGGAACCGUCCUGGUCCAGCAACUGAUGGCUGUUUUGAUCGGCCGGCACAACGUACUCUUCCCUCAGGACGAGGACGGUCCCGCCGGUCCGUCGGAGCUCGUCAACAACAACAACGCAGAGCUGCCGAGGCGACCCGCGGCCCAGACGACGGUACCUCAGAACGUCGAGAACAAUAACGCGCAGGCUCCACACCAGUGCGUCUGGGAGGCGGUCGACUCUCCUUGCCGGCACGAGGACAACCGAGACUCCCCACGCUCCGCCAGCCCCCGGAACAUUCCGGGAUGCUUCGACAACACUCGGAACCCGCCGCUCACCGUUAAAAAGAACCCCGCAUUUAGUAAAGGAAGCGGGAUCGUCACCAAUGGGUCCUUCAGCUCCUCGCCGCCCUCCUCGGAUCCAAACAUGGACAAGUGUCAGAUACUGAUGAGCGGCGGUAGCACACCGGGGCGCCGCAACGGGACGCUAAAGGGCUCGGGCACAAAAAUGGGCACUGGCGGCGUUACGGGAGGGGGCAAUGCCAAUGGGGUUCUUCGCAUGGGAGUGUCCGGCCCUGAUGGGAUGUCGACGGUCCUGAACGGCCAGGGCGGUCUUUGGUUACCGAACGGAUGCGUCACGCUACGGGAGGCAAACAAAGUUUCGCGUGACUAUCCCAAUGGGGAUCAAACUUGCAACCAAAACCGUCUGUCCACGUAUGACAAUGUGCACCUAAACCAUCAGAACCUGCAGCAGCACAACCACGUGGUGCACGUGGCGUGUCUCAGCGGCGGCUGCGAGGACAAGCAGAGUGUGGACAGCGCCACCUGGUCCACGUCCUCAUGCGAGAUCUCCCUGCCGGAUAACUCCACGUCCUGCCGCUCCUCCACCACCACCUGCCCCGAGCAAGACUUUUACGUAGGCCAUUAUCAGGACACGGACGGCCUCAACCAGGACAACGGCGGCGGAGAGUCGGGCGGCGACGAGGGCAGACGCACCGGCAGGGAGGCGGCAGGAGGGGACGCCGCGGCGAGGAAUGGCAGCGAGCACUGCAGCAAGUACGGUGGAGGAGGAGGACACGGUGCGCUGCACAGUCUGGUGGCCAGUCUCAAGCAGGAAAUGCUGAAGCAGAAGACUGACUAUGAGUCCAGGGUAAAGAGCCUGGAGCAGCGCAACCUGGACCUUGAAUCGGAGAUGGUGAGCCUGCACGAAGAGCUGGACCAGGAGCGUAAGAAGUACACCAUGGCCGAGAUCAAACUGCGAAACGCCGAGCGCGCCAAGGAGGACGCCGAGCGCCGCAAUCACAUGCUGCAAAAGGAGAUGGAACAGUUCUUCUCCACUUUUAGCGACCUCACCGCCACCGGCGGCACCUCCGCCUCCGUCGCCACUGUUGACCCCCGCCGGCCUGAUCGCAGCAACCCAAUUUGGAUAAAGUGAAGGUGGGCGGGUUGAACACCCGGAAAGACUCUACAGAGUUUCUUGUGACUGUUCCUAGCGAGAUUUGGCUGUCGGUUGUGGUGGGAAACUUCAAGGGGUCUUCACUUCUGCUAGCGUAUCACAAAAAAAUGGAAUCUGAGCAAAAGAGUUGAAUAAGAUGGCAACUGAGAUUUUAGAAGAAGCUAAUGGGCCAGGAUAGGUGCUAACUGUGAUUGCAAUCAUAAACCCUCCACGCUGUCUUCAUUUCCGCUGGUAUGUGUGUCUUCAAAAAACAAAAUCGUAUGCUAACCCGACCUAGCAGAUACAACUAGCAUUGGCACAAAAUAAGGGCAGAGCGAAGCUUUUUUUUCUUUCAGUCUUAGAAUUUUUUUUAGCAUUAGCGUUGCAAGUUCGUUUGUCGGCAACUGACCUCUACGGACUUAAAGGGGAACUAAACGCAAGAUGUCAAAACUGUCUUAUAAUGUGAUAUAUUCUUCAUCUGGUGCUGUUGACUUAAAUCUACAACGUAUUGGCAGCUGGCAGACGACUUUUCAAAGCCAGUUUAAUAGGCGAGAAUGAAUCUGCACACUUGUCUGAAACAGUUUGUGUUUCUGUUUGCAACUUCUGCCUUCAUUAGCCGCGGAUAGCAUCCGAUCUGCCUCUAUUAGCAACUCUUCUGCACAAGCUCGGACGUGGCGGUGAAAAGUUUGAAUAACUCGGACAUAAUGUAAAUGAUGGCGUCGCCUGGGGUGACGUCUGGGUGAGACUUUGUGUAAAUAGAACACUAUUUAAAUCUUCUCAAAGUCUCUGUACCUCGUUGGGUACAAAACCAUUGGUCCUCGCUCUUUGUUGUCCGUUCUGUACAUAAAGCAAAAAGCAGGAGUGAAUGCGCGUCUUUUGUAUAAAAAGAAAUCAAUGCCUAAAUGUGCUAUUUAAAUAUUCAUACAUUUUCACACUGUAAACGCGCUUGCACUUCCUCGUUCUUGUUGGGUUCAUGACCAAAAAAACAAAACAAAACAAAAAAAAAGCGCGUGUGUAGCAAGAUGUGCGUGAGGGGAUGUCUAUGAUGGACUUGUUCUCAUCAUGUGUUGAACCAAAUAAACUGUACGGUACGAGACAGUCGUUUUAAACCUGCUGCUGGUCAUUGCAGGUGCGCUAAAUGUGUCCCGAUGCUAGGUGGCUACAUGUUAGCAUCGCUAUAUAUAUUGUACAUACCAUCAUUUCCCUCCCACCCGAGAGGAUAACCGUCUCACUCAAAUAGCCCUGUUUGAACCGUGUUGGUAACCAAAAGAGCAAAUGAGGCAUGUAAAACUUUGUCUUUGUUUAUCUCCCUCACCAGAAGAUUUUUUUCGUCAUGGUGAGAGGUGAAGGACUGGGACUUCUGUGGAAUAAUCCACACACAGCAUACUUGAUUCUUAAAGAAGUGGUUAUACGAAUGAUAACUAAGAAUAAAAAUGCAUUCAAAAAAUAGAAAUUGUUAUUUUGAACUCCUUUUUUCAAUGUGACCUUGUUGCACGUAUAUUCAACUUUUUUUAAAAAGCAUUUCGAUUUACAGCAAUGUUAAGCAAAAGUCCACAGAGAAGACCACACAUUUCUCAAAGGUUUUGUUUAUUUUCAGUCACAUACAUUACGUACUAUUGUUUUGUUUUUACAUACACAGUUCCUUUUAAAUGUGUUUGGAGUAACAGCUCUCAUUUUUUCCAUCUUUUGCAAUAGUUUCACACUUUUAUUUGCCUGAAGCUUUUGAAAUCAUCAGCAGGAAACACUUGUGUUUAAUUCACUGUCAACCCAACAAAAUGCUGAAUGAAAACAUUCCAAAAUGAAAGGCGGAAAAAUGGGAGAGUAGGAGCUGAUUCAGAUGACCUUUACAUUGUAUGUCGUCAACUUUGAAGUAUGACGCUAGCAUUGGUGUCCUUGGGUCUGCUUUUAUUGCGUUCUUCGAUUGUUGUUAUUUACAAUAUGACAACAAAAGCGUGUGACCAGAAAAUGUUUUCACGUGACAAAUAAAUUAAUGGAAACAUCCCUCGUGAUGAAAAUGAGGAUUUGCUGUCAUUCCCCAAAGAAAAUCAACACAGGAUUUUUAGACAGUUGUGAUUUCAGUUCUGAUUGUGUUGACUUGCUGGUUUAUGUCAACCAAACGCACACACACACACACACACACACACACACACACACUCUCUCUCUCACACACACUACAACCAUACAGCGAUGACAAAUGAUUUUCUUCUACUUUUACAUUCAGUGCCGACAAGCCAGCAAGGACCCAAAAUAUCUUAUUGUGUAUGGAGUUUUUUCCCCAAAAUGAUUUAAAUAUAAAGUAAAUGAUAUAAAUGAUUCAAAAAUAUCAAAGAUUUUUUUAAAAAUUAAUAAACGUGAAUUAUUUUUUUAAAACGAGUUACAUUGUAAAUGUGACUAAUUGGGCAUAAUUAUUGUAAUUAUUUCUUUACAAAUGUUUAAUAGAUUUGAAAAGUCGACAUAGUACUUAUUCGUAAUUAUUAUUUUUAAUGAAUGCUUUUAUUUAAAAAAAAACUUAUUUCACCACAAAAAGCACCGUGACGUUUAAAUGUCAAAACAACGAUCGAAAAAAACAGUUGGUAGAAAAGGGGAUGGGGCGGUUGGCCCACCCUCUGUCGUUUCGUUUAAAUCAAUUGGUGCCACCACGAUCGGUGCUUUCUACGAUUUAUGCGGCAUUUAUUAUUUCACUUAAUUUAUAUUUAUUUCCUUUUGGCAAAUUAAAAAAAAAAACCACUCGAACAUUUUGUAGUAGUCAUACAACAAGGUGAGAAAUGUACUUUCAGGAAAAAUAAAUGAUCAACAAAAUGUAAAGAAACAGAAUUAAGUGCGUAAUGGUUUAAAAUAUCCUGUAAUGUGCCCCACCCCCAAAGAAAAAGAGCCUUGGAGAGGGGGGAGAAAAAUCCUCGUAAAAGUGGAAAGUUGCACCCUGAUAAAGACAGAAAUGCCCCGACCGACCGGACACUGAAUGCAACACCAAGCUGUACGAUAGCUUAUUUUGGAGACAGCACCCUCUUGCGGGCCUUUCAAGGUACUGCAGGUGUACAUCAAGAUGAGAUUUUUUUUUUGUUUCAAAGAGGGAACUCGUAAGUGAAUAUUGUUUCUUAAUUUUACAUUGUUUUAGCCAGCGUAUAUCAAACAUAAGAAAGUGAACUUAAAUAAAAUAAA